CUCCCCGCCGCACCCAUCCGUCCCGAGGCACCCAGGGACCCAUGGCUGCCUCGGCGGUCCCGCGCGGGUGGCACUGGGGGGAGCCACGAGCGCUUGGCCGGGCGGUGAGGCUGCUGCAGCGCCUGGAAGAGCAAUGCGGGGACCCCCGGCUGGCCCUGGGGCCCCCCUCGCUGCGGGACCUGCUGCCCCGCACCGCACAGCUCCUGCGGGAGGUGGCCAGCGCCCGGCGGGCGGCCGGUGGGGACGGCCCAGAGGGUCCCGGUGGCGCCGGGGACUUCCUCAUCACCUACUUGGCCAACCUGGAAUCCAAGAGCAGACAGGUGGCAGGGCUGCUGCCGCCCCGAGGCAAGAGGGGUGCCAACGACGAGCUCUUCCGGGAGGGCUCCAGACUCAGGCGACAGCUGGCCAAGCUGGCCCUCAUCUUCAGCCACAUGCAUGCAGAGCUGAGCGCGCUGUUCCCCGGGGGGAAGUACUGCGGGCACGUGUACCAGCCCACCAAAGCCCAGGCCCACACCUUCUGGAGGGAGCGCUGCGGGGCCCGGUGUGUGCUGCCCUGGGCAGAGUUCCAGUCGCUCUUGUGCUCCUGCCACCCUGUGGAACCAGGCCCCAUGGCCCAGGCCUUGCGCUCCACCAUGGACCUCACCUGCAGUGGCCACGUGUCCGUCUUUGAGUUUGACAUCUUCACCAGGCUCUUCCAGCCCUGGCCGACCCUGCUUAAGAACUGGCAGCUCCUGGCAGUCAACCACCCGGGCUACAUGGCCUUCCUCACCUAUGACGAGGUCCAGGCGCGGCUGCAGGCCUGCAGGGACAAGCCAGGCAGCUACAUCUUCAGGCCCAGCUGUACUCGCCUGGGGCAGUGGGCCAUCGGGUACGUGAGCUCAGAUGGCAGCAUCCUGCAGACCAUCCCUUCCAAUAGACCCCUGUUCCAGGUGCUCCUGGAAGGACAAAAAGGUGGCAUCUACCUCUACCCCGAUGGGAAGAAGCACAACCCAGACCUGACAGAGCUCUGCCGCGCAGAACCCCACCAGCGCAUCCAUGUGUCGGAGGAGCAGCUGCAGCUGUACUGGGCCAUGAACUCCACCUUCGAGCUCUGCAAGAUCUGCGCCGAGAGGGACAAGGACGUGAGGAUCGAGCCGUGCGGCCACCUGCUCUGCAGCCACUGCCUGGCUGCGUGGCAGCACGCAGAGAGUCAGACCUGCCCCUUCUGCCGACGGGAGAUCAAGGGCCGAGAGGCUGUGAGCAUCUAUCAGUUCCAAGGGAGGGCCACCAUUGAGAACCCAGAGGACAGCAGUGACCAGGAGGACGGGGAGUUGGAGCAGGUGGCCCCCUCUGCUCCCCCACUGCCCCCUCGGCUAGAUCUGUCCUCAGGGAGACCCAGAAGUGAAGGCCAGUUGAAGGUGGCCCCUCUGCCUCUGCCCAGGCUCAGGCCUCCCCUUCCCUUGCCGAGAAUCAGGAAUGUGGCCUCAGCCCCUUGGGAUGUCACCUCCUGCCCCCAGACCACCGAGGGGGCCACAGAAAAUUUCUAAAGGGAAGCUCCUGCCCCCAGCCGCCCCUGUGGGACCCGCGGUCACACCCCACGCUGGAGGCCAGGUGAGCCCCAGACUCUCCAGGCUCCCUCCCCAGCUAGCCCCAUGCCCUCCGCCGGCUCUGCCCAGGGGAGUGAUCUCACGCCCGCGUCUCUCUACAUCACAGGGUGCCCAGAUGAGCUGCAGAAGGAGCCGCAGGGGUGGAUGGGGCUUGUGAGGCAGAAAUAAACUGUCAAGCCUGGUGGGUCCUCCCGUGUGUAAGGAGCAGGGCAGCGGCCACCAGGGGGCAGCUUGGCACUGGGAAAGGGCGUUCCCGGGGCCUGAUGCCCUCCUGGUCCACUCCAGAGGCUGGGCCCUGGCCCCAUCUACCCUCAGAGCUUCACAGGGAAUGGGGUCCCCAGCCUCUUCCGCCAGUUCCAGGAGUCCUGCCUCCCAAGCUGUCGGCAAACCAGACCCCUGCCUCCUCUGUCACCGCAAAAUCACCCCGGACUCAUCCCAGAACUGCGGCCCUGGUCAAAAAGAGCCCGUGAUUCCUUGGGAGCUAGUUGGGCUCCCAGGCUCGCCACGAUCUGCUCUUAUCGCUCGUUCUCCAUUCCCCGUGGGUCCUUCUGCCAGGCGAUGUGGCACCGGGAAAGCAUCUCCCAUCUCCUCACUAAUCCCAAGGGACCCAGCUCCCUCCCGUCAGGCUAACCCAGCCCCCACCCUGAGGGCAGGCCCUGUGCCAGGCCCUGGGCUGAGCAGCGGCCACUGCCCCCCCUGCAGCUCAGAGUCCAGUGGGGGAGAGAGACCUGGAGCCCAGGGUGGGCACGGCUGGGGUGGGGGACCCCAGGGCUGCAGGAGCGCACAGGGACGCCUGACCCAGCCUGGAAAAGCCAGGAAGGCUUCCAGGAGGAGACUCUGAGCCCAGACGACCAUGGCAAGGGGCUUGAAAUGUAUCACAGACUGAGUUCCAAGCAACAGAAGCCGCCUCUUGGGACAGAAAGGGAACCUAUUGAGAGGAUUCUGGGUCACUCACAGAAACCGGGAGUAAACAGGAGAGCCAGGAUUGGAAAAGGAGCAAGAAGACUGGCAGCCAGCCAGCACCGGCCACCAGCCACAGUCACCCCACAGAACCAGUCUGAUGAGGACACGCUGGUGCCCGAUGAGCACCGGACACUGCAGUCACCCCACUGCCCGAGCCGCCCUAGAAGCAGGACGGGCUGCCCCAUUCAUUAGCUGCGCUCAUCACAAAUCCUCUCCAACUUAAUGGCGCAGGAUGGCAACGGUUGCCUUAGUGCUGAGGGUGCUGGGCGGAUCCAGGGUGGGGCUCGGCUGAGUGGUUCCACCCUGGGAGUGGAUGCCAUCAAAUGGAGCCGUCCAUGGUUCCAGGCUGCCCUGCGCAGAGUGGUUGGAGGCUGGCCAGGGUCUCUGAAGUCUCCACACUUCCAAGAGUGGGCUCUGGACCUGCUGGCGUGGGCCCCCCCAGCACAGCUGCUCCAGGGAGUGCUUGGUGGGUUUCCUGUGAGGAAGGCCGGCCUCCACCUCCAUCCCUCUGCACCCAGGAUUCAACCAACUGUGCAUCCAACACAGACGUGACUUUUGGUACUGGGGAUUGAACCCAGAGGCAUUUUACCACUGAGCCACAUUCCCAGUCUUUUUUCAUUUUGAGACAGGGUCUCAUUAAGUUGCUCAGAGCAUCGCUAAACUGCUGAGCCUGGCUUUGAACUUGCAAUCCUCCUGCCUCCGCCUCCCAAGCCUCUGGGAUGACAGAUGUGCACCACCACACCUGGCAAGUCUGACCUCUUGAUGGGAGGUCCAGCUCUGUAGGUGACUGUCGCCAGCUGGCCAGGCUGGCGAGAUGAGCUGUAUUCAAAGGAGCUGACUAUAUCAGUAAUUAAGAAAACGGCGAAGAAACCAUGCAGCACAGGAACAUGAGUUUCUAAGGUCAAGGGCGGGACUGUUCAGUGACCCCAAGGGUCAGCUCCUCGCUGGGCAGUGCUAGAAAGAGAGCAUGUACCGGAUUCUUUUUAUUUUAGAGGGGGGACACACACAGCCUUCCAGAUCUGCAAGGAUUCAACCAAACUUGGAUCUAAAAUAUUCAGGGAAAAAAUUGCAUCUAUAGGGAGGUUGGAUGGAAUGUUCUUCACCAAAUAAGGCAGAGAAUGGGGUUUGGAA